AACUUCUUACCCGGCAGAGGACACGCUCUGCGUGUAUGACAUGAGAAACUUUGCUUUUUUAUUAAUCAAGCGAGCGGGAGAAAGUUCAUAUAAGGAUCCACACAUACUUCGCCCUUUUGCACAGCAUCAGGAGCAGCUCACGCGCCAGGACCAAUUUACUCAGUGAAAUUUAAGAUGCGGAGAUUCUUCCACUUGCAGUUGAUCGCCAGUAUGUUUUGCCUGAGCGCCUUCGCUCUGAGACACCACAGAGCAUCUCGCGCUUUGGGCUACGUUCCUCCGUACCUUCCUGGUCUCAACAGGGUAACCUCAGACCCUUCAGUGAGGUAUGAAGAAUUGGCGUUGGAUGAAACCAGGUUACAGCACAACCAGCCCGAUUCCAGCCCUCCGAUCUUUGAAUGGAAUGCGCAUAAUCUGGGCUACUUCAGCAGAGCGAGUGCCUCUUCCAGAGGUGAGAAGGGAAUGUCCAAUCCAUGGCUGCACUUCCAGCAUAGACCGCAGUUCCAUACCAGGGCUGGACAUAUGUUCAGACACUCGUUUUAGGCUGAUGAUUUUCUUUUGGUGCGCGCGUUGCUGCCAGGAACUUUGUGAUACAUUUUUUUCAUUUUGUACGUAGUAUAGAGACUGCUAUAAUAAAUUAUGGGCACACACAGUAAAAGUCUAUUGAAA